UUCCCGCUACAGCAAGUAUUGACGAGGAAUUGUCUUCACUGCAUAAGUAGCUAGAAAUAAUGAUGUUAAAACAACGUAUUUUCGAAUUGGAGAAAGGCUCAGCACCACCAGUGUGUAAUGCUGGCAACAAAAACAGUUACUGUGAUGUCGAACAUGCAUUAACAAAGUUCAGUGGAGAUGACAUUGCAUACUCAGUGCGAUAUUUUUUACGAGAUUUUGAAGAAGUGAUGAACAGAAUUAAUGCUGAUGAACGUUUCCGAUUUUUAUGCCUGCGGCGGUCUCUUACCGGCACUGCACGUAUGUUUUUGUCCAUGACAGCCGCAUUCACGUACGAUCAGCUACGCAAGCAACUAACUGCUGAAUUUGACAGAGACGUCAGCCGGCAAGAUGUUUACAAGAUGUUAGACCAACGGCUUUGGCAGAAGAAGACCGAGUCACUCCACUGCUACAUUCUCAACAUGCAGGCCAUCGCCAAAAGAUCUGACAUAACCGAAACUGAAGUCAUCGACUUCAUAGUUGAAGGCCUAGGAGAUAAUAUCUCUAACAAAAAUCUCCUUAUGGGCGCACGCACAAUUGAAGAGUUGAAGAUGCUAGUGGCCAGAUACCAGCAGAAGUACUUACGUCGCGAGAGUGACACAAUCAAAAGGCCGGCAAAGGAAUCAAUAAGGACUACGAAGGAAGUUGCCCACUGUUUCAAUUGUUCGCAAACAGGGCAUAUAAAACCCAAUUGCCCGUACCCGCUCAGACCAAACGGUUCCUGUUUUCGCUGUUGGCAGAUGGGUCAUGAGCAUCGUUCCUGCCCCAAUCCGAAGAAAAUUCUUCGUAAAACGGACAAACGACAACAAGUCCUGGCAGUUGCAGAGGUUGAAUCCGGUGAAGACGACGAAGACGUAGGCGCUUACAAUUUUUCCCGUUAGUCUGUUACGGGAAUCUGAUAUUCCGAGAGAAUUUAUUAAAGGACACAAACAACCCAAAAUAUCAAAAUACGUUGGUGUCGGAGGGAAGAGAAUAUUGAUUAAAAAUGAAUUAAAAUGUUUUGUUAAAUUUAAAAACGAAAUAAAAGAAGUUACAUUUCUAGUUUUGUCAAAUGAAUGUAUGCUCAUGCCAGUAGUUCUAGGAAGAGAUUUUUUGUCCAAGUUUAGGAUUCGCUUAACAAAAGUAAAGCUGAGAUAUGUUAAAGAAGAACUAAUGUGUAUUAGAGAAAAAAUGAAUUAUUUUGUACCCCAAAGAAACGCACUUGCGAACCUCAGCAGAUGCGAUCUUUUAAAAUCAUAUGACGAAAAUAGAAAACUCAAUUCCGAUCCUUUGGUAACGCAUGCCAGUAAUGAUAUAUUUUGCAUUAAUAUAGAAUCUUUCGCGUUAGAACCAGAUAUAAAUCCUAAAUUGAAUAGGGAACAAUUGGUAGCCUUGAACAAUAUAAUUAGGGAAUCUUACCUAGAGCCAAGAGAAACUGCAAUCGAGCCGCUUGAUUAUGAGAUGAAAAUUCAUCUAACCACCGAAAUACCAUUUUAUUGCACUCCACGACGACUGUCUUACUCAGAAAAAUCCGAAGUACAGAAUAAAAUUGACGAAUUACUGAAGGAAGGAAUCAUUAGGCCCAGUAAUUCGCCAUAUGCUUCUGCCGUAGUACUAGUCAAAAGAAAAGGAAAGAUGCGCAUGUGCAUAGAUUAUCGAGGUCUAAAUAAAAUAACUGUAAGGGAUAAUUAUCCACUACCUUUGAUAGAUGAUUGCAUAGAAUACUUGGAGUGAAAACGAAUAUUUACGGUUUUAGAUUUAAAAAGCGGAUUCCACCAAGUUCGCAUGUCACCGGAAUCUGUCCCCUCACUGCUUUUGUAACACCAAACGGCCAA